GGUCCCUGACCGAGUGCUACGACGAACUGGGGAACCGCUACCAGCUGCCCGUGUACUGCCUGGCGCCACCUGCCAACCUCAUCCUGGAGCGGGGCGGCGACGAGAGCACGGAGCCCCUGGAGCCGGCGCCCAGCGCCCGGCGUGAGUUCCCGCUCAAGGUGCGGCUCUCCACCGGCAAGGACCUGCGGCUGAGCGCCAGCAUGGCCGACACCGUGGGGCAGCUGAAGAAGCAGCUGCAGGCGCAGGAGGGCAUCGAGCCGGGCUGGCAGCGCUGGUUCUUCUCCGGCAAGCUGCUGACGGACCGCACGCGGCUGCACGAAGCCAAGAUCCAGAAGGACUUUGUCAUCCAGGUGAUCGUGAACCAGCCGCUGGUGCCCAGGAACUGAGCCGGGCCGGCUGACGGGCGCAGGGGCUGCUGGGCCCCAGGGAAAGCAAGCAGGGCCCUCGGAGCCGGCGAACUGAGUCUCCACCCCAGAGGCAACAGCCCGCACUCGCCUGCUGGGCACGGCUGGGCACACAGCCCCGGGCAGAGCCGCACCUGUGGGGCUUGCGCUCGCCUCUGCGCUGCGUCGAUCCUCCCCGCCCCUUCGUGUCUGCUGCUGCCCCUGCUGCAGCCGCGGGGCGGGGGCUCCCUGCCAUCAGAACACGGCGGCCCCCUCAAAGCCCUGA